UCUCCUUAGAGAGAAGACAGCUAAUCUGCUGGUCUCUGCCAUGCACUAGGCAAAGAACUGAGAUGAUUGCAUGUUCUUUCUUAAUGCUUGUGUUUUGUUGUUGCUAAUCUUUCCCUCCAUGAAGCUGAUGCCUGUGGGAUGCAGCUGGGAAGACAGGAUCAUCAGGCUUAAAGGAACAUAAAUUCUUGCUAAAAUGGCACUGGCCAGUUCGAUUCCUAGCAAAGCAGCACCACCACACUCCAGAAAAGUUUCUGCAGCAGGGGUGGAAGUGCACCAGAGCAAGAUGGAUUUUUUCUGCAAGCUGGGCUAUGGUAAGCAGGACAUCUGCAAAGUGCUGGAGAACCUGGGCCAAGAGGCCCUGGAGGAUGAUGUGCUGAAAGAGCUGAUUCGGAUGGGGAGCAAACCUCAGGCUCUGGAGAACCAGGCUCAGCCUUCCCAGCUGAAGCUGGUUGCCCGAGGAUCGUGCAGCACCGCACUGGGGCCAAAGUGGCUUGGAGAAGAUGAAAGUGAUUCUUCUGAUUCUCUGAGGCCCAUUGUGAUCGAUGGCAGCAAUGUCGCAAUGAGUCAUGGAAACAAGGAGGUGUUCUCCUGCUGGGGGAUCCAGCUGGCGGUGGAUUGGUUUCGAGAGAGGGGGCACACUUACAUCAAGGUUUUUGUCCCACUCUGGAGAAAGGAACCCCCUCGACAAGAGAGCCCCAUUGCAGACCAGUACAUCCUUGAGGAGCUGGAGAAGCAAUCCAUCCUGGUGUACACACCCUCUCGGAAGGUGAAAGGCAAGAGGGUGGUUUGCUAUGACGAUCGCUACAUAGUGAAAGUUGCUUACGAGAGAGACGGAGUCAUUGUUUCCAAUGACCACUACCGGGAUCUCCAAAAUGAGAACCCCGAGUGGAAAUGGUUCAUUGAGCAGCGACUGCUCAUGUACUCUUUUGUCAGUAACAGGUUUAUGCCUCCCGAUGAUCCAUUAGGCCGGCAUGGACCCACCUUAAGUAACUUCCUCAGCAAAAAGCCAGUGCUUCCUGAGAAAAAAUGGCAGCCUUGCCCUUAUGGUAAAAAAUGCACCUAUGGCAAUAAAUGCAAAUUUUACCAUCCAGAGAGACAGCAUCAAGCUCAGCUUUCAGUUGCUGAUGAGCUCAGGGCCAAAACAAAGGUCCCGUUAGCCCCGGGGAAAGAGGAGGAGAGGUGCCAGUGCUCACCGUGCGAAGCCUGCACAGAAACUCUGCGGGAAGCCAGAGGCUGCUCCGGGCCUUCCUGCUGCCCAGGCAGGCCCCAGGGCAGCUGCUCGGAGCAGACAUUCCGGGCCUGGCCCAGCAGUCCUGGCUCUGACCUGCGGCUGGACCAGCGCUUGCCACAGCCAGAGCCGCUCCUGGAGGCGAUGUCGGGCUUGUCCAUCAGUGACGGCGCCUACGGCUGCGGCUGGUCCGUAUGCACCUCUGGGGACAGGGCGGUCAUGGACAGCCCUCACCCCUGCUCCGGCCUCAGGCACAAGCUGCUCGCACUCGGCCACCCUCAGGGCUUGGAGCGCCCCGGCUCCCCGCGCUGCCCCUUCCAGGGAGCGCCGCCCGCGCAGGGCGGGAUGUGCCCGGAGCGCGGCUGGGCCCGGGAGCGCCCUGCCGGGCACGGAACAGGCCACGGGAGCCGCUCCUUCCCUCGUGGUGCUCGGCACCAACAGGCCCUGCAGACCCAGCACCCUCUUGUGCCGCAGUGCACAGCUCUGUGCCCCGACAGGCUUCCCCCGUACGGGCAGCCCCAGCCGCAGCCGCAGCGCGGCGUCCCCAGGCCACCCCCGGGACAGCCCUUGCGCUUGGAGUCCAGCAAGGGAACGGGCUUAUUCCAGAAAGCCCGUGCUUACCCCGAUGCCUCUUAUGGGGACUACUGGCCCACCCCAGCUGCAAGGCCACCCUCUGCCCGGCAAAUAAACAUACACAGGGAGCUCUGCUCCCCUUAUCCUUACGGUGGGAUGAGCCAGGUCAUGACUUUGUACCCCAGUAUCCAGGAUAAGGGGACUGGAGCACCUCCCCUAUAAAGACAAGCUCGGGAAGCUAGGGCUGUUCAGCCUGGAGAAGAGAAGUUUGCAUGGAGACCUCAUAAAAACCUUCCAGCAUCAGAAGAGAGCCUACAAGGAAGCCAGAGAUGGACUCUUAAUCAGGAAAUGCAGUGAUAGUACACAGUGGGAUGGCUUCAAACUGAGACAGGGUACGUUUAGAUUAGAUUUCAGGAUGAAAUUCUUAAUUCAUGUGUGGGUGGUGAGACAGAGCUUGCUCAGAGAAAUUGUGAAUGUCCCAUCCCUGGAAGUGUUUAAGGCCAGGUUGGAUGGGGCCCUGAACAAUCUGGUCUGGUGAAAGGUGUCCCUGCCCAUGGCAGCAGGGGUGUUGGAACUGCAGAAUU